GGCGCUGCUAGUCGGUGUCGGUGGCAUUUUGAGGGUAGAGCGAGCGAGGAGCGAGGGAAGAUGUCCGGACGCGGGAAGCAGGGCGGCAAGGCGCGCGCCAAGGCCAAGUCGCGCUCGUCGCGGGCCGGGCUGCAGUUCCCCGUGGGCCGCGUGCACCGGCUGCUGCGCAAGGGCAACUACGCGGAGCGCGUGGGCGCCGGCGCGCCGGUCUACCUGGCGGCCGUGCUGGAGUACCUGACGGCCGAGAUCCUGGAGCUGGCGGGCAACGCGGCCCGCGACAACAAGAAGACGCGCAUCAUCCCCCGCCACCUGCAGCUGGCCAUCCGCAACGACGAGGAGCUCAACAAGCUGCUGGGCAAGGUGACGAUCGCGCAGGGCGGCGUGCUGCCCAACAUCCAGGCCGUGCUGCUGCCCAAGAAGACGGAGAGUCACAAAGCCAAGAGCAAGUAAAGCGGGCGGCGGAAGCGUCCGCAGCCCCGAAGCGAACCCCAAA